CGCGCGUUCCCGAGAGGGAUCGGUAGAAAAUGGCGAGUCUGUGCAAGAAGCAGCAAUGCACGAUCGAGAGGCGAGGCUUUCGGCAGGAACUUGACUCGUGGCGGCACAAACUCAUUCAUUGUGUAGGUUUUGAGAGCAUUUUAGAAGGGUUGUUUGGGUCGGGGCUGCUGGAGGAUCUAACGGUAUUUAAAGACUGUGAGCCUGAAGGCGUGUCAGACUGGUCAUUUGAUGAGAACUGCCUGUUCUGCUGCUUAAGACGAGACAAAGUCAAGGAGCACUUAGUUGGCCUGAGCAACCAGGGGUUGGAGAGUGGGGCUAAACCCCUGCUGGUCAAAGACCAGAUUAAGAUCAACAGACUCGAGAAACAAGCUGAGGAAUUCCUCAGUGCAGUCCUCUACAAAAAAGAUGUCCCCAGCUUCUCGGACCUGCACAUUCCAGUAGUGGCUCGGGAGAUAAUGCAGAGGAUGAUCCGCCAGUUUGCUGCCGAAUAUACCUCAAAAAACAGCUCCUCUUCUCAGGACGCCCCCUCUGCCCCCAGCCCUGCUACCCAGGCCCACUCAGAUCAAAGCCUGCCACCUCCCCCCUCGCUGCCCCCUGCUGCCAGCCUUGGUGGUACUGCGAUAUCCUCCGUACCCAGCCAGAACCCUGUCCUCUCCAAGCUGCUUAUGGCCGACCAGGACUCGCCUCUCGACCUCACUGUCAAAAAGCUUCCGCCACAGCCUGUAGAACAAGAUGGAGUCUUGGACCUGUCACUCAAAAAGGAACGGGCCAGAAGCAGCAUGUCAUCGCACCACAGCCCUCACCUUUCCCAGAUGUCCACUCUCAGAGGUGAAUGUCUGGAGCGGAGUCCAGCGAAGGCCAGGGACCUCCAGUCCACUUCGACGCUAGAGCAGUUCAUGGCGAAGCUGUGUGUGCAUCACCAGAGGCAGAUUGUCGACGCUCUGGGCUUCCUACAGACAGAGGUCAAGACUAUAUCCUCCUCCAGCACAUCACCAGUCUCUGCCUUCAAAACCUCUUGCUCAGUCAAGCAUGGCGCCCGUCAGGGUCCUUGCCCUGAACCCUGCCUGGAGACCCUGGAGAAGGGGAGGACUGGCCAGAAACUUCCCAUGGCUUCCACUCCCAAAGGACCGGUGGAGGGGGGAGAGACAGUUGGUACCAGGAGUAGCAGGUUGGCAGCCCCAGAGCAGACCCCUGAGACUGAUGUGUCUAGAAAUGUAUCUGGGGCCCCUGGGCCAGCCUUAGAUCUCCGUAAAUCUGGCCCAGGGGAGUCUGAGGCUUUGGCAAACCUUCUCAGAAGCACAGAGGACGGUGAUAGUAAACCUCUUAGUGACCAUGCUCCUCUAAAGAUCAAAAUCAUGAAGUCCAGCAGCCUGUCUGAUGGUAAGAAGCUGUCCUGUGUGCUCACCACCUCUCUUCCUGCUCGCGCCAGUACUAUGGAUAAACAGCAGGGCAAUUCUGACUCUUCAAUCAGAGCAGAUGGUCACAGCGAUGGCCUCAGCUCCUCUGUAAAAAGGCACAAUGAUCUUAAUCAUCCAACAAGACAAAGAGGCUCCUUUGGACGUACCAGAGAUACGCUGGUCAAACAGAGUCCACCCCAAAAGAUCCCCACCAUCAUACCCCCAGUUUCCCCCAGGACAGCAAGGAAGACCUUGAAGGGGUCUUCCUACCAUCGGCCUAGGGACUCUUCUUCGGUGUGUCAGUUUGUAACCGACCCUGAUCUCGGCCACUGCGACAUUGUCUACAUUGACAAACCAAUCACAGACUGUUUCCAGAAAUGGCAGCACCGUCGGCUCCCGCGACACAACGCCAGGAAAAGCACCAGAGGUCACAUGUACGUGGAGGAGAUGUGGGAGCUUAAGACUGUCCGUACAUUAGCUAGAAAGUCCGCCCGCAACUAUAGUAGCAACUCUCUCACUCCAAUGCCAGAUCUCAACACUCUGGUCACCCCUAAACAGCUGCUUGGCAGGCCUGAGGGUGUACCUCUUGUGGAUAUGCCCUUCAUUGGAGGUAUUUUGGAGACGGUCAGUCAGAGAACUCCCUCAGAGCAUUCAGCUGAAAGGGAGUUGGCUGGGGAUGUAGAGACUGCAGCAACAUCAGCCAGUGAGGUGGAGCUAAUCAUUGAGACUAGUCAGACAGACCAGAGUCAAUGCAAAGAACAGACUGCCCCUCCAUCUCCUUCACAGUGUCCCCCAGUGGAGAACAAGCAGAGUGCAGGGACAGACUCAGAGCAACCAAGGCUGAGUGUAGCACCAGAGGAUAGUCUAGCUAGUACUGUGGUUGAGACCGCACAUCAGGAUUUAAACAGUGUUAUUAAUGACAUCGUUUUGAGUGAAAGCCCAGAGCAGGUGGUGAUGGGGAAAGAUGUGAACCCAUCACAUAAGACAUCAGAAGAAGCUGAGCUUGUCCAGUAUCUGCUGCAGAGUGUGCCAGAGGGCCAGCACGUCAUCUCUGAAACCCAACAAAAGGAAUCUGAAUCCCUGAGCCCUUCCAUGGAGAGCACUGGAAACAAGGAGGAGAAUGAGGUAGUGAGUGCAAGUGCAAUUGAUAAAGAACAGGCCGAGCCACUGGAACCUCAGAGUCCAGUUGACCAGAAACCAUCUGAGGGCUCUGGAGGAGAAGUUGGCACUGAGGUUCCCACAGAGAGUGAAAGGAUGGAGGUGCAGGUCGAACCAGACUGGGCUCCAGGUCACGGCAACAAUGUGCCUGAAAAGAAAAAGACAGCUGCUGAUUCGUCCUCUAAAAAGGCAGAUGAGGCAGUUGUGAAACAAUCACCUCCAAGGUGUUCUGAAAAACAGGGUAUUCCAGCACGGGUGAUUCCUUCAAAGGUAAAGGAAACUGCAGUGAUUGAGACCGAGAAUAUGAAUAUAUGUGGAUAUGUGAAUGGUAGACCUAUAGCGCAGUCUGACAGAUGUUUGCGUGAACGGCCAGCUAAAAACACCCCAGAGUCUACUCCUACGAAGACUAAACGACCCACUAAGACCUCUCUGAAACAAUCCGAGAAACCUUCUGAGAACAUGCCAGAAAUUCCUCAAGUCUCACUCCCUCCAGCCGAACUGAUCAAAAUCCCUUUGUCCAAACAUCCCACAAAAACCUUUAAAGCUAAAGCAACUCAGAACCUGCCUGACACGAAGACCCCUGUGGAAGUGAGCCAGAUCACGUCUGACGCUAGGGCCCCUAUAACAGCAAGACUGAGCAUUCCUGACACUCCUCCAGUCGCAGACACACCAAUCGACUCCCCCAGGAACCCUGAGCCCAGACACCCGCUCAGAUCAGCCAGACUGCAACAGCGAGCAGCUGUCGCCUUGCCCCCCCUCCCUGUCGCCUCGCCCCCCCCCCCUGUCGUCCCCAGUGCAGUCACCCAGAGCUCUUUCAUUGUCCCCCCAGAACCAUCUACCUCCCUCCCACUCCCCUGCAUCAAGUUUAACCCUCCCCUUCUCGUUGCCUCUCCUCUUCUUCCUAUCGUCCCCAGUGCAGUCACCCAGAGCUCUGAAGAGCUGAAAGUUGAAAGAGCUCAGCCAGCUCCAAAACCCAAACCCAGCAAGACACAGAACACUGCAGUGGAAACUAGGGUGCAAACUAGACCAAAGCUCAGGUCGUCAAUGGUGGUAGUAGCAAAGGAAGUUGAAAAGGUUGUGAGUCUGCAAGUUAGCAAGGAGGUUUCUGCUCUCACAGAGGGUACAAGCAUUAAAAAGAGUGAGGCGCAAGCACAUAGUAGUCCACUAAGACACAAAAUAAUUCCCCAAAAGGAAGGAGAACCAAGCAAAUUGACUUCCCUGAAGAAUUCAGAGGAACCAACUUUGCUGAAGAAGACAGAGGCACCAACUUUAAUGGAUAACAAAAUUCUAUCUGGAGAUUUCAGCAAGUCUUCCAUCAGCAGUGCUUCAGACAAACCUGGACGAAUGCCAUUGAGGAGUGAGAGUAGUAAAACUGAAGUGGCCAGCCAGUCCAUUACCCCGACAACUCCACCGACUACGAUGGAGAACAGAAAGUCUGCUUUGAGAGUCCGGAGGUCACCCACAUCCUCAACCAGUGCUCCAAUCACAGGUGAGAAAAGGAGUGGAGUGGCAUCUUCCAUGAGGCUGAAAUCCCCAGUGAGACUCACAUCACCCAUCAAGGUCAAAUCUGAGAGGAUAAUCAAGUCUCCACUAAGGGGUUCUCCUUUGCUGGUCAGUUCUCCUCUGCCCUCCAGCUUAGUCACUCCUCUCCUCCUGCCCAAACUAGAGCCCCCAGUACAGUCUCGACACAAGUUCCUGGAAUUACUAGACAUAGAGGAAAACCAACAGAAAAUAUCUACUCUCAACACCACGUUCGAUAAGAUGCAUAGAGGCUGGGUCCAGAUAGACAAAGAGGGACAACCAACGCCCAGACACAAGAACAAGGCAGACAGACAGGCAGCGAUAUGGAAGAGCAAGCGCCGGGUCCGCAAGCCCAAGUCUUCGGAGCACCAGAGGUACUCCCUUGUCCAGAUGCUUUUCAAGAAUGAUUUGGACCUAGCCAGUAUCUGCCGCUGGUACAUGGAGUCAACAGAAACCCAAUCGCUGGUCAUCGUAAAGAAGGUGAACACACGUCUUCCCUCUGAGACCCAGCUGCUCUUCCCCGGUAUGUCCCAAGGGCUGUCCAAAGGGGUCUUCCCUAGCCUGCAAGCCGAGCGCUUGAAGAAACACUUGAAGAAGUUUGCCAUUGCUUCCCCUGUGAAGAGCAAUCCUAAGAGCCGGAAGCUGAUUGCUAAAGCCCUGGAGCAGGAGGUUAGUACAAGUAUGCCCAAAGGGAAGGAGAAGAGAGAGCUGACCACGGCCACCCGGAUCUCCACCAAAGCCUAUCUCUCCUCUGCAGAGACACAGGCAACCGACGGCCAGAAGGCCUCAGCGAAGGCCAAGAACCCAGCCAGUGCUCGGAUCCUGCGGAAGUACUCCAAUAUACGUGAGAAGAUGCAAGGUCAACAAAGCUCCAAGAAGCCAAAAGGGGCCCCAAGAAAAGAGCUCAAAGCUUCCAAAGUCAAACCCUCUAAAGCCCCAAAGACGAAAUUGGCAAAACCAACUAAACUGAAACUGGCCACUGCCCAGAGGCAGAAAUCAUCUGUUUCUGGAGAUAAAGGUGUGAAGGAGCCAAGUGUAGUCAAAACAGAGCGAGCGCAGUCAUCUCCUAGUAGAAAGACUCCAGUAAAAGCUGCUGUCCAGGAGAGAUCAGUCAAGACUAGCAGCAGCAGUAGAACCUUAAGAGAUCUCAGUAGGAAAGAGAGUGCAUCACCACAGAGGUCUACCCAAAGAGCGAUGACCCCAAAAGCACAGAAAAAAAACCUUGCUCCUUCCAUCACCCCUAAAACGGAAUCAAACAAACAGCAGGUUGGAGCAGAGAAGGCAGAGCUGGAAAAGAGACACUCUGAAAGUAGAGUAUCUGAGACUAAAGGCCCUGAAAGUAAAGGUGCUGAGAGCGAGGUUGAGUCUCAACAGAACAUGGAUGUCAAAACGCCAGGCUCUCCUGACCAGGUACUCACAAGGUCACAAAGGAAGAUGGAGGCCACUCCAUCCCCCUCAAUCUCUCAGAGUGCAAACUCUAAGCCUGCCACAAAGAGAUCAAAUGAACCAGCUCAGAGUGAGACUCUGAAGGCUGCCACAAAAAGAAGCCAGGAGAGCACACAGAAUCCAGCCAAGCGGACCAGGAAGAAAUAGCCACGCUGGUUAUGUUAAGGGGGGGGGGGGGGGGGGUGGCUUGGCAAUGCCAACACUUUUAAUAAGCUUCAAAGGCAAAAUGCAAAUGGUGACGGGAAGAUAUUUAAAGUCUAGUGUGUUUGCUGUGUUUUCUGAGAGGGUACCUAUCAGACCAGUGUUGUUAUACAGAGGCAAAACUCAAUCUGGCCUCUGGUUUGGUAUUGUGUAAUUCUCUCUAACUGGGCUGGAGAUUAUUUUAUAAGGGUAUAUCUGCAUUUUUGUUUUUGGUUUGAUGCUAGGUUUAUUAGUUAUUCCGACUACAGCAUGUCAUGUCCUCCAACUUUUUGUUUGUCCUAGUGUUUUGUAAAGAUCACAGAAGUCUCUAUUCCACGCUUGUGGAAAAAGAAACGUGUGUGGUUUAGUAAUAAUGGCAUGAAAACAUCAGUACCAUGUUGCUAAAAACAAAUAUUGAUUUUCUCAGACUGCAGCACAGCAUGGCGAGCCAAUCGUUCAAUUAGCCCUGCUUUCACUGAACAUCAUUCUUAGAUCUAUAGCCUAUAUUCAUCAAUGUCUCCAGCCCAUCUCGUGAUCAAAGAGUUGUGCGAGUGUGUGUGACUUUUUGUGAUCAGGUGCCUUAUUCAUCAGAUGUAAAGUAAUGUGUUGCUAACAGGUGAAGCCUCGAUUCUCUGGCCAUUGCACAGACACGUACUGUAGGAGGAGAAAGGGAGUGUUCUAGAUAUGGAUUUGGUGCAGGUCUGCACACAUUGUGUCAUGUUGACGUGGUCCUUCAGAACUCUUCUCCGGGUUAUUGUAUAGAGCUGGUCAUUGGUGCCGACCUGCACAUCUGUGUAUCUUCAUGCACAUCUGUGUAUCUUCAUGCACAUCUGUGUAUCUUCAUGCACAUCUGUGUAUCUUCAUGCACAUCUGUAUAUCUUCAUGCACUACUUCCCUCCAUGUGUUCAUCCCACAUGUUCCCUAUUCUCCUCUGUCUUCCUGCUAUAAACCCACCCUGCUUCUCAUCAUGUACUGUUUAUUUUGAAUGUGUGAAGGAGCAUCAUGGUUUAUUAUUCUAAUGAGUUCUCUUUGACGUGUCUUUGUUUCAUUUUAGAUUCUGGGGUUAUUUCUGUUCCUGAGCAGUAGCCUUAUAACUGUUGUUAUCCUAGCUGUGUUUAACUUUCAAAAACUGUCUGAGUUCUGUUUUGAAAUUUUAACAAAUUAUUUUUAUUUUUAUUUGCAAUACAUGUGAGAUAUUAACACCUGCCUCACUUGUAUCUCUGAUCCUGUCCCUUAUAUUCUCUGAUUCUCGUUAGUUUAAUGGUGAUGUUUUCCCUCUGGUGUGAUCAUUACAUGCUGUUGCAUGUACUGUAGCUACCUGUAGUGUUUACAUUUAAAUGCUUGUUUCUCCAGUCUUUCACCUGUGCAACAACAGCCCACUCCUGAAGUGCAGUAUUCACCACAGCUAUUCUUAUUAAACAUGUAUUUGUUUGUUCUUUCUGAAAACUAGCUUUGGUUGCGGAAACUUUAACUAAGACUAUGCAUGGAUGUUACCUUCCCUCUCUGGGUCUUGUACUGAAUGAGCAUUAAUGACUGAUGAUAAACCCUUGAAAGACAUGUCAUUGGUCACCUGUUUUGGAAGGGGGUCACUUUAAAGUCUGCUGUUUGAGAGCAGAUACCAGGGAAUGAUGCUACAGUACAUAGAGCCACAGGUUGUAUCUAAAGUUAGAUGCAUAUGUUUUGCCCAUACUUUGAGCUUGUACGGUAGGGUGUGUUUGCCUGUAAUUUGGACUAUAUUGCAGUAUACUGACCCCUGGUGACCAUGUAUGAAAAUUGUUGGAGAGAAAAAGUGUUUGUAAAUGAUCAGUCUGUACUAUAUCCCAAUGUUAUAGAAAUAACAUGUAAAUGAUCAGUCUGUACUAUAUCCCAAUGUUAUAGAAAUAACAUGUAAAUGAUCAGUCUGUACUAUAUCCCAAUGUUAUAGAAAUAACAUGUAAAUGAUCAGUCUGUACUAUAUCCCAAUGUUAUAGAAAUAACCUGUCUGGCAUGUUUUAUUUCUGUGUAUUUUAUUUCUCAGAUUGUUAUUUUGUUUCAGGAAGAUGUUUUCUUGAUGCUUCCGUACUUCAGCAAUAGCCUGACCUCCGUUUGUCAAAAGAAAGAAGACAUUUUAGGACAGUGUUAUUUUUAUUAUGGUUAUUUCACUUUAAACGUAAUAAUUUGUAAAUGCAAAAAGGUAUAAUUCAUGUUUAAUAUUGUUAUUUAAGAACCCCUCUAGAUAAAUGCAUACAGUAGAUCUACAUGAAGCAGUCCACCAAAUAUCAAGCUUGAACAUGUUUUAUUCUUUACUGUGGAUAUUUAUAGUUUGGGAUUCUGUAUAUUGGAAAAUAAAUAACUGAUGUAUUUGUGUUAAUCCCAAUAAUGAGACAUAUUUGAAGUAAGUGACUUUGUAUUCUUGCUGGAGUUGAUAUAAAGAUGUUUGAAUUGUA